AUGCCUGUUGUUAAGAAUCAUACUAAGCAAAAGCGUGCUCAAACCAUUUGGGAUUUCACAAGCAAAUUUCCUGAUAGUUUGACUGUUGAAAGAUGGUUAUACGAUGAAGGGAUUUACUGCAAGUCGAUGAAGUGCAAGGCUGGAAUUGACAUGAGGUUAAUUGAAGUCAAGAAAGAUGGACAACCAAACCUCAUAUGGAAGUGCACCCAUCGCCGAUCUGAAAGCUGCAACCGUCAAAAGAAGUCUAUUCGUGAAGGAAGCUUUUUCUCAGGGCUCAAGAUCAGCAUGUGUGGUGAACCAGUGAUUAAGAUCGGUCAUUAUCACAUCUCAGACAA